UAAAUUAGAAAUUUAUUUAUUAUGUUAUUUACUAUAAGCAUCAUUGCACCUUAGAUUAUAAGAAAUAGCGAGUUAAGAUUCUCUUAAAUUGCAGUUUAAAAGUUUGUUUGCAUUUGACAUUAAAGUUCACAUAAAGAUUUAUGAAAUUUCUUUUUUUUUGAGUACAUUCGAUCUUUAUCUUCAUCGACAUUCUUAAAUGCUUCAUGAAUUUAUUCAUAAAAAUUUUAUUAAGAAUAUUGAUGCUAAUUCAAGGAAUUGUCACGUCUGAACGUAUUUCUAGCUGUUGUCAAGUAUUUGCAUAAAAUGUGUUCAUUGUAUUAAAAUAUUAGCAUCGACGAUGUGUUUUAUUAUAGUAAAAAAAGUUCUUUCUCUUUUCCAUUAUCUACGGUGACGAAUUAAAUAACCAUAGAUAUUAACAUCCGACUAUUAACAAUACUUCUCUUAGUUAUUUUAAAAUUACGUAAAUUUCUUGUGUUGAAGUGCCAUUGGGCUGCUAUCAUUUCUCGAUAUAUAUUCCAAUAAAUCAUUAGACAUUUAAUAAUAUGUUUUAAAAUAAAAAACAAGAAAAAUGAAAAUUAUUACUUAAUAAUUAAUUCAUUAAAUUCGUUUAACAAUAAUAUCCAAUAUUAUUGAAUAAUUUAUAUUAUGUCAAAUCCUAAAAACUAAACAAAUUUAAAACAAAUACUUUAAUUUUAUAAAUUACAACGUAUAAAAUUAUUAAUAAUUUAAUAACUUUACGUAUACAAUAAUUUAUAAAAUAUAAUUUCAUCUGUGAGCGUGGAUCAAUAAUAGACGUUCGAAAUUAAAGAUGUCAGUCCCAUUUCAUUUACAAAGGAUCGAUCGCAUUCAUCUCGCAUCCCAGUUGCAUUGUUCGAAUUCACCGAAAAGGAGAUGACAUCGGUACCUACACAUUCGCCAUAAUUACGCAAGUAAAAGAUUACGCAAACUCCUCUCUCUCUGUCUCUCUCUUUAGUGGAUGUUGGAUGGGGAAAAGUCAGGACGGAUGACAGUGGCGGACAGCGGUCGGUAAAAUCUCAUUAUAAAGCUGCGCGCAUGCACGAUCGAAGGAUCGAUCAUCUCUGCUCCUUUUUUCAUAUCGGGGGUGUGGAUCGUUCGGCGGUUAGAAGUGCUCUAGAGCGAGACGUGGCUAUCCCGAAAUAAACUUUCUCGGGUUAUGUAAAGGCUGGCAACUGGCUUGUAGACUCGCCAGUAUAAAGGUCGGCUGUUCCUCCAACGAUCCAAGAGUUGCUCACGAACUUUACGCCAGCAACGAUCGGUCGCUCUAUAUGUGACGUCUGAAGCCUUUUUUAUCUCUCCACACACAUACACACACUAUCGCAAUUUUCUCGUGGGAGCACGUGCAGUUUCGGCAACAUGCGUUCCUUGAUCUUCCUCGCUCUUGUUGCAACGGCUCAUUGCCAGGAAUAUUUCCGGCAACCGGAAAAGAUCAUAAGCGAGAAUCGGAACCUGGGCGACAAUCGUGGCCACUAUUCGUUCACGUAUGAGACCGAGGGUGGUAUCGUGCAAACGGAGACCGGAAGUCGAAAGUAUGCUGGCACACCAUCCGAGACUCAGCUGAUCCAAGGCUCUGUGCAGUAUAACGCCCCAGACGGAACACCGAUAGCGAUUAGCUGGACCGCCGACGAAUUCGGCACUCAAGUUGCCGGUACUCACGUGCCAACACCACCCCCAAUACCGCCAGCCAUUCAAAGGGCCCUCGACUGGAUCGCGAAACAACCCUCGACCCCGGAACCCGAGGAGGUUGGCAAAGAUUCACCAAGCCAACAAAACGCUGUUCCAGCAAGCACUAAUCGGCAAUACAAACCGCCACGGACGAAUCAACGAAACUGAUUGUUCGUGAUCCGUGAUUCGUUAAAAUACCUCCUUAGUUGUAAUAUUCUUGUCUAACAUUUCUAUAUAAUUGUAAGUUAAUAUUUCUAUCUCGAAAGAUCGCGAGAUUUUAGGUUAAGUUUGCGAAAACUUUUAGGUUAAGUUUACUUAUUUGAGACAUAUAUGUGAGAAUUGUUAAUAAUUGAAUUGUGAUGUGUUGUUGUUAUUAGAAAACAUUGGUUAAAGCAAAAAUUUUAACAAUUUUAAAUCUUUGUGAAAUAUAUAAGGUUUUCUAAUUUUGAUUAAAUGACACAAACUUCGAAUAUUUGAAUGUAUCUUAAGAAAUGGAAAUGUUAGAUGAAAAAUUUUAAUUAAGGAGGGAAUAUCUGUUAGAACAAAUUUUCAUGUUAGUUUUUUUUUACAAUGUACAAAAUAAAAUUUAUAUUUUCAUAGAAAA